UUUGAGGGGCUUCAUGCAAAUGAGGCCGGAUGGGAAGAAUUCGCUGGCUGUGGUAAAGAAGGCGGGGCUUGAGGGGUUUCAUGCAAAUGAUGCCGGAUAGAAAGUGGGCGGGGCUUGAGAUUCCGGACGGAAAGUGGGCGGGGCUUGACGCCUUCAUGCAAAUGAGGUCUCACUUUCUCAAAUCAGCAACGGGGAGGAACUAAGCAGCGAUGUAUUGUAUUGCGAGUGGGAGAGAACCAGGGAGUUUGGCGUCCUGUCCCUUUAAAGGAGCCGCCGAGUGCCCAUGUGGAGCCGCUCCAUGCCUUGUUGUUCUGCCCUCCCAUUGGCCGGGGGGCGGGUGACGUCAUUGAGCAGCACGCGGACGCAGUGCGGGGGGGAGGAUCGCUCGCAAAACCCGGAUUGAGAACGUCCCGGAUUGGGCAAUUUGAACAAAAGCGACGGGAAGGAAGCCAGGCGGUAGGGAACAGCAAGGCGACGUGAUAUGUGACAAAGGGAAGCGUUUUGGAGGCGGGUUUGUGCUUGUCUCCCCCUCAGCAUCAAGGAAUGGCGCCGCUCCGGUCCAGCUGGGGAGACAUCCAGGCCGGGUCUUGCCUCCCUCCGCGUGCAUAGUAGCAGAGGGCCGUGUCCGUGGCUCUCUCUCCCUUGUUGUGUUUCUGUUACACAUCGCCAUCUUGUUACAAAGCCCUUUUCUCGUCAGGAGGCUCCGCGGGUGGGGGCAAUCGCCUGGCCCGCCCCGAGAAAUGAGCAUUGAGACCUUGCUCGAGGCGGCCCGGUUCCUGGAAUGGCAAGCGCAGCAACAACAGAAAGCACGUGAAAACGAAAAGCAUGACAAACUCCGCCUGGAACAUGAACAGGAGCAUCCGAAGGCCAGCGUGCCGAGGGUCAACCACGCCGUGGCUCACGAGGAGCCGCAGAACGAUGUCUCGUCGGUGGUGCCCCUGUCCCCGCCCGCCCCACCGCCUCCGCCGCCUCCGCCCAUCUCGGUCAUCCCCAUCCCCGUGGUCACCAGCCCGCCGCAACCGAUGGCCCAGAGCGCCUUGUCUCCGCCCCCCGUCCCGCGCCACACGCCCCUCGGCGCCCCGGGCCUCGGCAAGGAAGCCCCGCUGGUGGCGCCCGUGAUCCAGAAGGCCGCCGGACCGCUCCUCCCGGCGGACAUCAAAGCCCCCUCGCUGGCGUCGGGGAACCCUGGCCAGCUCCCGCACUACGCCGCCCCACUGCUGGCCAUUUCCCAGCACCACAUGGUCCCGCCACAACCCAUCCAGCCCCAGCCGCCCCUGCACUCGCCGCUGCAGCCCCACCACGUGCCCCCGCUCCCGCCGCCCCCACCGCUCGGGGUCAAGAUGGCCUCUUCGGAGGACUCCAAGCCCAGCGAGCAGAAGAAGAGACCCGGAGGGGUCGGCACCAGGGAAGUCCACAAUAAGUUGGAAAAGAACAGGCGGGCCCACUUGAAAGAAUGUUUUGAGACCCUCAAGCGGAACAUCCCCAACGUCGACGACAAGAAAACCUCAAACCUCAGCGUCCUAAGGAGUGCCUUGAGAUAUAUCCAGACCUUAAAGCGCAAGGAGAAAGAGUACGAGCACGAGAUGGAGCGGCUGGCGAGGGAAAAGAUUGCCACCCAGCAGCGGCUGGCGGAGCUGAAGAACGAGCUGAGCCAGUGGAUGGACGUCUUGGAGAUCGAGCGGAUUAUCCGGCAGACCGUUCAGCCCGAGGACGAUCAAGCAUCUACCUCGACAGCGUCAGAAGGCGAAGACAACAUCGACGAGGACAUGGAGGACGACCGGCCUGUCAACUCGCAGCCGAAGCCCGGCCACCGCCCGCACCCGGUCUCUCCCUUGGCGGCGGUGGUGCCUGCCAUCCUGCCCGUGGCGCAGAAGCACGCCCACCCGCCGCCGCCGCUCCCGCCCCAGCAGGCCCUGCUCCCCGCACAGACUCACUUGGUGGCCGCCUCCACGGUGCAAUCGACUGUUAUCGCCCACACGGCUACCACCCACGCCUCGGUGAUCCAGACUGUCAACCACGUGCUGCAGGGCCCCCCCCAGGCCAAGCACAUCGCCCACAUCGCCCCUUCCUCCGCUGCCGCCGGCCAGCCUAUCAGCCACAUCACGGUGCACCCGGCCGCCCUCAACCACGUGGCCCACCUCGGUCCGCAGCUCCCGCUCUACCCGCAGCCGGUGGUGAGCCACAUCGCCCACACCAUCUCCCACCAGCAGGUCAAUGGGCAGCCGGCGGUGGUGACCAAGCCGGGCGUGGGGACUCAGGUGGUGCACCACCCGCAGCUGGUGGGGCAAACGGUCUUGAACCCGGUCACAAUGGUGACCAUGCCUUCGUUCCCCGUGAGCACCUUGAAGCUGGCGUGAAGAGGCGGCGUGAGGCGACGCGGCCGCGACUCUGUACAUUCCAACCGCAUGUCCCGAUGCUAACAGUGUCCUGAGAAAGGUGUGUGUGUUGAGAGAGUGUGCAAGUGUGCGUGAAGUCCGAAGACUGGCACAGAGGUUGUGUGUAUGUUGAGAGUGUGCAAGUGAAGUCCGAAGACUGGCACAGAGGUUGUGUGUGUGUUGAGAGUGUGCAAGUGAAGUUCGGAGACUGGGCACAGAGGUUGUGUGUGUGUUGAGAGUGUGCAAGUGAAGUCCGGAGACUGGGCACAGAGGUUGUGUAUGUGUUGAGAGUGUGCAAGUGAAGUCCGAAGACUGGCACAGAGGUUGUGUGUGUGUUGAGAGUGUGCAAGUGAAGUUCGGAGACUGGGCACAGAGGUUGUGUGUGUGUUGAGAGUGUGCAAGUGAAGUCCGGAGACUGGGCACAGAGGUUGUGUAUGUGUUGAGAGUGUGCAAGUGUGCGUGAAGUCCAAAGACUGGGCACAGAGGUUGUGUGUGUGUUGAGAGUGUGCAAGUGAAGUUCGGAGACUGGGCACAGAGGUUGUGUGUGUGUUGAGAGUGUGCAAAUGUGCGUGAAGUCCAGAGACUGGGCACAGAGGUUGUGAGUGCGUUGAGAGAGUGUGCAAGUGUGCGUGAAGUCUGGAGACGGGGCACAGACAGGCAUUAUUUCUUUCUCCCCCCCCCCCCCCCCCCCUUAUUUCUGAUUUAUCUUAAAGCAACCCAAGAACCGGGGGGCGGGGCAAGGGAUAAGCUGCUUCAGCACUUGAAUUUCUCCGAAUCAGCGAAAACACGAGUCCUUCACAGUGAUUAACUCCUCCCCGUUCCUUUUGACAUGUAAUCAGUGAAAUAUGACUGUAAUAACGUUCUUAAGACGUUGAAUAUUUUGUUUUGUUGUUUUUCCACUGCUGCCACCACUUUAUUUUUCAAUGUGUUCGCUUCUUUGUAGGAAUUUUUUUUUUUACGGCUGAUCUCUUGACUGAGACUAUGCAUAGAUUAAGAAAAAAAAAGAAAUCACAGAAGUAUAUAUAUAUAUAUAUAUAUCUAAAUAUAUAUAUAUAUCUACCUGCCUGUACACAUAUAUAUCUAAAUACGUUUAUCAAUGGCGGCCUUGAACCAGGCUGAUUCCUAUUUUUUUUUUCUUCCGGUGCAGGAAUAUUAGGCACAAUGUUAACACGGAUUCUUUUUUUUCUUCUUUCGCUGAGAACAAGACAGAGCAUCCCUUAAAACAAAACAUAAGCAUCUUAAAGAUGGUUUUGGUGGACCAGGGUAAACCAUAUUCGAGGCAACGAUACGUGAUGCCAUUUUCCCCCCUUUCGUUCUAUUUGCAUUUCAGUAAAAAAAAAACCAUCUUAUAAUCACUGUGACUUGUUACGACAUUUUAAGGAAAUCCUCUGUCUAAUAAAAAAGGUUACAAAAUACCAAACGACUACAUACAA